AAAGAAAGCUCCGUAAGUGGCACUCUCCGAGCGAAAGAAAGCUCGCACGGCCGGAGCGUGCGCAAAUACGAGUGCGUGCGCGCUGCGGGCGAGACUGGGACGGCCGAAGCCGAGUCGGUCUCGGUUGCACUCGCGGGACUUUCGCGCGACCCACCGUCUGGCGGAGAUGAGCGUGCGAAAGAGAGCACCACGCAAGAGGGAACGGGUGGCGCGUGGUGGUGGUGGUAGUGGUGGGUAGCUCGGGCUCAGAGUAUCCUAACCGACCGGAGAAAUAGAAGGCUCCGCCAGCUUGGCCAGCAGAAUCACCGAUCAGAUCAGAUCGUACCGGUGGCGCGAACGAUCCAGCGGCGCACACAAGACACCAAGGUCUGUCCCCGCAAACGAAAAAGUCUUCGCAAGUCUCGGACUCUGGCUCCUCAAUCCCAUCCCGGGCGUGUUUCGUUGUUGUGCGGUUUUGAUUCCAUUCCGGACGCUUGAAGGUUUUUCUUCUUCGGGAAACUACUUAGUGUGUGAAAGGCUCUUAUUUAGUUGGUGCAUGUGUUUGUCUUAUCAAUUAUCGUGCGAGUGGUUGCCCGAAUGGCUUACUCAUCCUGGAAGGAUAUUGGUACAUCUUGCUAACUGUUUUCCAAUUCUGUCCUCAGGAAACGUUAACCUUGUGAGCAAGCGUGCAGUGUCUGAUAGCAGAAACAAUUGCAAAUAUUGAUCCAGCAGCAAAGUGAAUUUAGCAAACGCUAUUCGUGUCUGUGAAACAGUACAAAGAUGUGUCGAGUUGUGUGUAGUGUCCGAGCUCCAGCAGCAAUGUUACCCCUUGGACUGUCAUCCCCUAGUGGACAAUAGACUAGGGCGGCCCUAGGUCUUAGCAAGCUGCAAUCUAAGCUUGAUUGAGGUGAUCUGUGAGGAGCGUGAAGUGAAGGGAAACAACAACAAGUUUAAGCUGGUGGAUCCUAAUUCCACAAGGACGUUAUCGGGUGUUCAAAGUAUACAAGUGUUGGGCAGUGACUCCAAGUGACAGUUCUUUCCGUGAAGAAGUUGUGUUCGUAGUGUCGUUGUUAAAACAGUUUAAUCUUCAAAAAAAGGUAGUGAUCAUACGUGUUUGUGUGCAUUUGAUUGUGUGUGAUAGUGUGCGGGUAAUAAAAAACAAGAAAAAAAAAAUAAAGGAAACAGAAGCAUAACAGCGCGCUUUGACCUCAAUUCGGUGUUUGGCGUGACGCGGACUGACGCGGGUUUUUUGCACUUGUGGUGGGCAUUCGGAAGAUGUCGCAACAGUUAAACAGCCACGGUACUACUAUGCUCGGUAGUAUUGCGAACAGUAUCGGAACGAACAAUAGUAUCGCCUGCAGUAUGGGCAACAACAUCCCGAACAAUCUGACCACCAUCCCGAACAGUAUGAUCGCCACCAUGUCCAGCCCGGCCGGUAACGCCUCGAACGGUCCGACGAGCAACGGUGCCAACAGCAAUGGGGCCAACGGUAGCAGCAACGGCCCGUCCUCGACACCGGCCACCCCAACCAACAACUGUCAGUCGAUCCGUUACUGCUGGGAAGCUGAUAAGGUCAAGACACUGAUCCGGCUGCGCGCUGAGCUGUCGCCUCUGUUUACUGGAAAGCGCAACGCAUCGAAGUAUGCCUGGGCUGUGGUUGAACGAGAACUCAGCGUGCCUUUACCGAUUUCGAAAAUCAUCAAAAAAUGGAACAAUCUCCUGCAGGAGUACAAGGCGAUCAAAAUGUCCGAGGAGCCGAAGCGUCGCGAGUGGCCAUUCUUCAACCUGAUGGACGUGUACUUCAGCGAUCAGGUGAACGAUCCGACGCUGCGCCUGUUCUCCUCGACCAAGCGGUUCGACUCGGACACGCUGGACGACGCCCAGUUCGACGACGAGAUCAUGAACUCGACGGCAGCGGCCGCGAUCGCCGCGGCUGCCGCAGCGUCGGCCGCCGCCGCCAACGCCGCUAGUCAGCACAAGAUCAAGAACGAGCUGAUCGCGAGCCACGGGCACAGCGGUGGCAGCAUGCUGGACAUAUCGGAUAUCAUCGGGGACGAGCACGGCGAGUCGAAGUUCGACCAGUUCAAGCGGGAGAUCGUGCUGAGCCAAAUCCAGGAAAUAACGCGCGCCGGAAGCGGCGGGGGCGGUGGUGGCGGCGGCGGUGGCCGCAAGGAGAAGAACAACAACAAUAAGGAUCACCACAACAACAAUAACAACAAUAGUAGCAACAACAACAACAACAACAACAAUACCAACAACAGUGUCAGCAACAACAAUAGUAACAACAACAACGCGAGCAACCAUUCGCCCAGCAACAACAGCGCUAACAGCAGCCCAAAUGGGGCCGGCCACAAUGGCAACGCGACGCUGGAAAGCAAGCACAAGCUGAUGGAAUCGCUCAACCUCAGCCCGGGCGGUAGCCACCUGACGACGAGCGGUGUCAGCUCGCUCAGCACGACCAGCAACAGCAGCAGCGGGUCGGCCCGGGACGAGGCGAGCAGCCUGAACAGCAGCCCGACCAGCCACAUGAGCAGCGGACCGCCCACCAACGGGCCGGAGCUGCGCAAAAUGUCCAACGGACCGACGGCGGACUUUAGUGCGCUGCUGGCCGCGGCCAACAGCCACACGAACGGUACCCUGCACAGCAACAGCAGCGCGCUCAGCAGCACCGACCGGGACACGGACUACGAUGACUAUGCCGAGCGGAGCAGCCUGUACGACGGUGGCAACAAUCAUCUCAAGACCCUCAACCAGAAGCUGCUCCAUCAGAUGAACGAACAUCACAACAUCGAUCAGUACCUCCUAUCGUGGCGCGGAUUCCACGGCAACAUGUGCAAAGGAUUCCACAGCCUGCAGCGGGACGGACAGAUGGUGGACGUGACGAUUGCCGCCGGCGGCAAGAUCUUCAAGGCGCACAAGCUCGUCCUGUCCGUGUGCAGCCCGUACUUCCAGAAGAUCUUCCUCGAGCACCCGUCCCAGCACCCGAUACUGUUCAUGACCGACGUCAACAGUCACCAUAUGGCCGGUCUGCUAGACUUCAUGUACAGCGGUCAGGUUAACGUCAAGUACGAGGACCUGCCCAACUUCCUGAAGGUGGCGGAAGCACUACAGGUGAAGGGGCUGCACGGCGAGAGCACAAACGACUCUGAGGAGCGAGACUACCAGCAGCAGCAGCAUCAGCACGCCCUGCGGUUGCAAGAGCAGCAGCGAUUGUACCACCAGCAGCAGCAACAGCAACACCAGCAGCAGCUACAUCAGCAACAGCAGCAACAGCAGCAACAGCAACAACAGCAGCAACAGCAGCAGCAGCAAAAGCUUGCCCAACAACGUCAGCAGCUGCUACAGGUCGCUCAGCAGCAGGCACAUGCCCAAGCACAGCAGCAGCAUCAGCAGCAGCAACAGCAGCAACAGCAGCAGCAGCAGCAACAGCAGCAACAGCAGCAAGCAGCAGCAGCGGCCGCCGCCCAGCAGCAAGCCGCCGCCGUUGCAGCCGCCGUCGCCCAUCAGCAGCAGCAGUUCCAGCACCAUCGCAACAACUUCAAGGAGCUGAUGAAGGCGAAGCAUGCGGCCGCGGCCGUCGUACUCAACGAGGACUAUCUCAACAAUAACGCAAGCAACGCGAACAACAACAACAGCAGCAGCAACGGCAACAAUGGCAACCUCGCCAGCAAUGGCAACGCGAACGGGCCCCUGUCACCGUACGCCAGCAAAAAGAUGCUCGACACGCAAAAGUACCAGAAGUACUACUCGAAGCGCAAGCUGGUGCAGCAGUACGAGCAGGAGAUGCGGGCCGAGAAGCGCAAGCUCGGCAUCGAGGAUGUGAUACAGGCGGCGGCGGCCGCGAACGCACUCAACCUACGCCUCAACAACGGUGGCAGCCCGAUCGGUUCGCCGACGGCCGUCGCGGCCGCAGCAGCGGCUGCUGCGGCAGCCGCCGCCGCACUCAACCCGCCCGGGACGCCCACGAACGGUGGCACUAGCACGGACGAUGAACAGCAGCAGCAGCAGCAGCAGCACCAGCAGCAGCAGCAACACCAGCACGGUCAGCAAACGCCCGUACUGCUGCAGAACAUCAAAUCGGAGCCACAGUACGACGACGAGGACGAGGGCAUGGAGGUGGACCAGGACAACAACAACUCGCUGAACGCCGCGAACGCCAACACUGCCCACAACAACAACAACAACAACGAGGACGAUUACUACGGACAGCACGAUCAGGGCGUGAUAACGACGGGCAAUGGCAAAACGAUCAAACAUUCCAUACUCGAGCCAAAUAUAGUAUUAAAGCAGAGCGACGAAUGUCUCACGACCAACAAUCAAACGGGUAGCCUGAAUCUGUGCAAGAACGUCAGCUAAUCGGCUCGAUCGCACUGUUGCGGUGGGCCUUGCUCGUUGUUUGGCGCAGCGUCCUCAAACAGGGGGUGCAAAGAUGCAAGGAUUGUGGACGGCUUGGACGGGGGCUGGGUGUGUAGACGAGAAGUGGAGACUGUAGAUAGCUAGUAAGGGAGGACAGUGUAACGUGUAAGCUAACUUAUUUAUUUGCUGUGUGUAUGUGUGAGUCGUGUAAGUGUGACGUAACUGUGAGUAAUGGAAAGGAGGCUGCUUGAGCGAUCAUUGCCUGAUAAUAAUAAUAAUAAUGAUAAUAUUUACAAUAAUAAUAACAAUAAUACGAUGUAGUUAAUUUCGAUCGAUCGAUCUACAACACAGCGAUCGCGAUCGCUCUAGAAGAUAAUCGCGCAUGUAAUCGCACCGCAAGGAUUAAAGGGGGAUUUUUGUUUAUUUUGAAUUAGCAAAUCGUGAGUUACGUGUGUGUGAGUUACAGUUUCGGCGUUUCUCGGCGCCGGGACAGACUGGUUGAAUAGUAUUUAGAUGUAGUAUUUUUUGUAACAUUUGUUUUUCGCUCGUUUUUGUCUCUUCAUGUGUUUAUUGUUUGGUUUAUUUUUACUCGCUGAUUGUAAGAAGUUUAAACAAUGGUUCUGCCCUUGCACCCUUUUUUGUUACUUUUCAUCCCUUGUGUAGUAUCCAUCAUUUAGCGUUGCGUGCGAUCUUUCUGUCUAUAUAUACACACACACACCAACACACAAAUCACUCACAAACCACACGCGUCACGGCUUCACGCAAACAAGCACACACACACACAUGCGCGUAUACUUAUUUGUCGUUGCGUUGAUUUUCGAUUCUAAUUCAGGGGUUUAUUUAUUAUCUUUUUUGCAUACGUAUGUGUGUGUGUGCAUGUGGAGGUGUAUUUGUGGGUUUGUUGCUUGCAUUCACGUGUAAUAAUUGCUAGCGCGCGUGCUAUCGUUGUUGAUUAUUUCUUAGUGUGUUAGGGGCACACGGGGCGAAAUGUUGAUGCGACACAAAAGGAAGUCAUUGCCAGCAGAGCACCUGUGUGACCUAAUUUAUACAUAUAUACAUACCCAUAUGUUAACGUAAUGAAAAGGCGAUAUUUGAUGUAUGCGGUCGCAGAGACACGAAACAACAACAACAACAACAACAAAACAAUAACAUAUACAGAUACACAUUAUUAACUUAGCUGUAAGCACUCAGUAUCGUGUAAGCGUACGUAACUAUCCUGGCAGCAGCUGCCACAAAAGACACACAGUUCCGGUCACAGAACGAUACAGACCGGAAAAGGAAAACCUAAACCCUUCGGACCUCUGCACAUACGCACCUACGGGGAGGAAGCAGCAGGUUGCUAGUUGCUGAAGGUCAGAUCAAAUUGUCAGCUCAGGUGUUUUCAUGAUUCUAGUUGUUGUUUGCUGUUUUGUACGUAAAAGAAGAAACGCGUAAGCACGCCACCCAAUAAUGUAACAAACGUCCUGCUCGAGAAACAAAAGGGAAGAGGGAGAAGAACGUUUUUCCGCAGCGGGAAGUAGUGAGCCUCCAGGAUGGCCGCAAUAUUUUAUAAGACGGGCGGGGGGCAACCCCCUGACAGACAGGCAGGCAAGAGAGAAUGGUAUAGAGAGAUUAGCAUAACCACUUUUACGGACAGUUCUGUGCAAUUGUGCAAUCGAGCAGCAAGGAAGAAUUUGAAAAAAAAUAUCCCUAUAUGUAAAUCCACGUACAGGAGUGUAUCCAACAGGCAUAGGCGUAAGAAAGGGCAUACAAUGAAGGGCAGGCUUGUACUGAAGACAACAAAACACUCUUCACACAGCUCUCCCAGACAGACAGACAGGUAGGCAGCCAGGCCGUUUUCUCGGUUAGUGCUGUUUUGUUUCGUUUUGUUAAAAAAAAAACCAUCCUCAUCUUCAUUAUCAUUCACUUGUAUCCGGGUGUUAGUAUUUAUUUUGUUAUUUGCCGUACACGGUACGAACGGCCGUGCCUGCGAACGUACGAAAGCGCUCGAUCACUUUGUUUUUGCAUGUAAUGAAACUAAACUAUUGCUUCAAAUACACGAUUGUUGUUUAAAAAAAACCCCUAGUACAUGUACUGCUCGACAGGCGUUUCGUUUCAUUUUUCGGUUCCGUAGCAUUGGGUUUCCGUUUCGAGUGUUGCUGUCGGGCGAGGGCUGUGUGGUGGCGUGAAAGCAGGUUGCGUUGGUAUAAUUAGAUAGCUAUAAACUCCUUAAGCAUUCUUCUCUCUUCGUCACUCAGCGCUAUCAUUGAGUUGGGUGCCGUAGGUGUAGGUAAUAUGGCAUGCUGUGUAUGUAACUUAUCAGUGGCUACUACUGUUACUCAAACUCUUAUUCAAACUACGAACGAUCGUACUACAUUACCUGAUUUGUUGUGAAAUACUUAUGAAAUAAUGAGAUAUAUAUUAAUAAACUGCGUAAAGGAUUUAAACUAUGCUGGCUUAAUUGUGGUACGAAUUUUCGCACGAAGAUUUUCCCUAUUUUGUGUGCUGAAGUUGCUGUGUAUAAACCGACGGUGUUUGGGCAGAGUUAUGUUCACAUUGUUAUCAUGAAUAAGUUGUUUUAUUUCGUAUAAAAUUAAGACACUGGCUCCCUUGAUAAAAGUAUAUUUGCAAAGGUAUGAUAAAGAUGGGCAAUGUCGAUGUAAGUGUGGCAAAGUUUCAUGUGCAUUACAAUACCUAGGCGCUUGUCGUUCAAUCAGCCACUUUCCCAAACUCGAUUGAAGCGGGAAUGAUCAAAGCGUUUGUCAAAAAUGACAUAAAAGGAAAUUAUUCUUGGAUGUUUGUAGAACAUUUUACCAUAUUGUACGCAAUGUACUGAGCAGGACAUUCAUGAAAUAAGUUAAAGCAACAGCUUUGUAUUUAGGCAACUGAAAGAAUCGUUCCACUUCGAUCGAGUUUGAGAAAGUGGCUGACUAUGUUGCUCAAUGUACGUAUGCGUAACUAGGCCCGAUAUGUAUGUUUGUAAAAGGAUACAGGAAGCUCAAAACGAAAUUUGUACUGGCCUACCCUGGGACAAAUGCAGACAGAAUAGACAGAGUUGACAUCAUUUAAAUACGCUUGAGUGUAGAAAUAUCAGAACAAGUUGGACACCUUUAGCAUAAAUCCAAUCAGCCAAGUUGAUUCCAGAAACAGUCCACUAAAUAUAAAUAUGCAGCAGGAAAUAGAACGUGUUGGCUAUUCAGGUGAAAGAUAAUGCAAUAGAUUGUUCAGAUAUUUUUUGUUGUUAUUUUUUUAUAGUCAAUGUGCAGAUUAUAAACUUUAAAAAUAUAUAUAUACACAUAUUCUAUAUUAUGAUUCAACGGUGA